AUGUCGAACACACAAACACUGGCUUUGCCAGAUGGUCGCACGCUCUGCUACAGCAUCUACGGAAGCACUAAGGCCAGCCCAGGACCUGACGAGCCACCCACGGCCUUCUAUUUCCACAGCUUCCCCGGGUCGCACCACGAAGGCCUCGCAACUCAUGAACCAGCGUCAAGCCAGGGUCUACGUAUCAUCGCCGUCAGCCGGCCGGGGUACGGUGGGUCGACCAACGACCCGGCCCGGAGUAUUCUCUCGUUCUCGCACGAUGUCCUCGCCCUGGCCGACCACCUGCAUAUUCAGCGCUUCGCUGUCAUGGGCAUCUCUGGCGGCGGGCCAUACGUGUUGGGUUGCGUACACUCAAUCCCACCCUCUCGCCUUGCGGGCGCCGUGGUCAUCUCGGGCAUGUACCCCGCCAGCCUUGGUAUGGGUGGCAUGAUGCUCUCGAACAGGGUCCUCUUCAACCUGGCCCCAUGGGCGCCGUGGCUCGUCUCGUAUAUGUUCGACGCAAGCAUGGGUAAGAUCGCGCGAGAUACUGCGCAGCCUGGUCGUUUCCGGGAUACGUUGGCCCAGGGCUUCAAGAGCUUGCCCGAUGCGGACCGGGAGACGGCCGAGGCUGACGACGGCAAGGUCCUCGACCUCCUCGCCACGAGCAUACGGGAGGCUUUCAUAGAUGGACCUGAGGGCUCUACGUGCGAGGCGAUACUGUUCGGCAGUCCAUGGGGAUUUGAUCUUGGGGCGCUGCCAGUGAGAAAGGGUGAGCUGGCGAUAUAUCAUGGGGCCAAAGAUGUCCAUAUUCCUGCCAGAAUGGCGGUGGAGGCUGUGGGUACGAUGCAAAAUGUCGAGUUGACGCUUGAGCACGAUGAAGCUCACAUCAGUCUGUAUUUCCGUAAGAUGCACGAGAUUAUUGGAGAGGUAAAGCGGAUGCUGGACGAUGGUCCCAAUUCUGCAGGUGGCAGUGAUUGA